UUGGCCUAUCAAAAUGUGAAAAACUUUUAACCUCGGAAAAUCCUCCUUGUUUGUUUGCUUAUGCUGCUUUGUAGCCUUGUACCCUUCUCUCUCACACUGGCAUUUUCCAAAUAGUAUCUUACUUGCUGAGGGAAAAGUAUCAUGAUUUUUGUUGUUGCAUAAUCACAUGAUUCCCAAUUCGCCAGGCACACUGAGUGUACGACCGUAGAAUCUGUUGCUCAAUUCACAGCUUAUGGGGCUGAAGUUCUAUAAACUGUAACCUACGCCAAACCUUCUAUAUAAUUCUAUUAUCAAUGGCUGCCUCUCUAUCGGUGUCACCAUUGACCUCAACAUUCUCUACUCGAAAGACCCACCCGAAAAUUUCUCUCAACCAUGUCAUUUCUUCCAUUAUUCCUAGUGCAGAGCCUCUAUUCAAAUCAAACGCGCGGCGCUUAACCUUCCAAGCUUCUCACCAUUUUGGUCCUCUUCUUGCAACAAGAGCUUCUUCAGAUGGGUUUCCUGAGUCAGUUGUGGAGAAUGAGACUUUGCCGUCCUUUGAGGCACGGCCUGGCAAAUUUCUGUUGUGGGUAAUAUUUUGGGCUUCUGUAUCCCUGGUUUGGUUUGCGGCUUCUGGGGAGGCUAAUGCUGCUUUGGCUUCCAUUAGAGCCUCGAGCUCUGGCCUGAAGAUUGCGAGUGCGCUUCGGCGUUUGGGCUGGCCUGAUGAGGCCGUCGUGUUUGCUCUCGCUACGCUUCCUGUGCUCGAGCUUCGUGGGGCUAUUCCUGUUGGGUAUUGGAUGCAACUCAAUCCUGUUCCCCUAACCGUCCUAUCCGUACUUGGGAACAUGGUUCCUGUGCCCUUCAUCAUUCUAUACUUGAAGAAAUUUGCAUCUUUUCUCGCUGGGAGGAAUCGGGCUGCUUCUCGGUUCCUCGACAUGCUAUUUGAGAGUGCCAAAAAGAAGGCUGGUCCUGUGGAAGAGUUCCAAUGGCUCGGUCUGAUGCUGUUUGUGGCUGUGCCUUUCCCUGGAACAGGAGCAUGGACAGGAGCCAUUAUAGCUUCUGUUCUUGAGAUGCCAUUUUGGUCAGCUCUAUCUGCAAAUUUCUUUGGUGUUUUGUUGGCUGGGCUUCUGGUAAAUUUGCUGGUAAAUCUUGGUCUCAAGUAUGCCGUUGUUACUGGGGUUAUCCUCUUCUUUAUUUCCACAUUCAUGUGGAGCAUCCUUCGGAAAUUCAGGAAGUCUUCUAGCUCAUCGAAGUGAUAAAUUAACAAACUUAACUCAUUUUUCCCCUCAAAGCUGCGGGGUGACAAUCUAUGCAUUUUUAAAUUUAAUCUCAAUGUCGAGGCCUAUCUUCCUUCCUGUGCAAAUUUUGAUUCUAUCAAUAACAUUGCAUUGGAUUUU